AUGGCAACUAUUCGUGUUGGUUUUAUUGGACUCACUGCCGGGGGCGGUAAUGGCUUGGGUCCAGGUUCUUGGGGUAUCUCUGCUCUCCUGCCUACUUUCAUUCUUUCGCCACACUAUGAAAUCGUUGCACUCUGCAAUUCGUCUGUCGAGGCCGCAGAGAAGUCCAUCAAGUAUCAUAAGUUAGCACAUUCCACUAAAGCAUACGGAAAUCCAGAGGAUAUUGCCAAUGACCCAGAUGUUGACCUUGUUGUCAUCUCGGUUCACGUCUCGAAGCAUUAUGAACUGUCUAUUCGAGAGCGAAGAAACAGGGAGAAUGUGAAGACUGCUGUUGGCCUGCAACUUCGAGCUGAUCCGAUCAUUAAGAAGGUCAAACAGCUCAUCGAAGCCGGAGUUGUUGGUCGAGUGACGAGUACCAUAGCCUUGGGCUGUUUCAACUAUGCCCCAAUCGAUAGCUGGAUGGCAGAGGCAGACUUUUACCUGGAUUAUGAUAGCGGCGCUAAUGAGUAUCAUAUUGCGUUUGCUCACUUCAUGGAUGCCUUCACCUAUGUUCUAGGCGAUUUUGCCAGUCUCAAGUCUCUCUUGGAUAUCCAGCACCCCACUGUCAAAACUAUUGACUCGAGUUCUGGCACGAUUGUUAAUCCCGCACAUCACUUUUUUGUCCAAGGCAAGCUCGAAAAUGGCGCCAUUGCCAACGUCGCCUUCCGAAAGGUGGAUAAGACUGUAGACGGGAAGGGUCUUCGAUGGCUUAUCUCCGGUACCAAAGGGGAGUUUGAAUUAUCCAUGGAUGGACCUAUGCUGCAAAUGGAUCUGGAGAAAAAGCAUCUUCGCUUGGUUAUUGGACGAGAGGGGGAGGCACAGGAUAUAGAUUACAAUGACCCAGAUGAACCUAAAUAUACUAGGGAUGUGGCACCACCGGGCACCAAUACUGCUAGGAUAUUCGAGGGCUUUGCAAACAAGACAACUGCAGUUGCUAGUUUUGAAGAUGCAUUGAAGGUUCAUAGACUUCUAGAUAAUAUUGCAGAGGCGUCCAGCUUUUCUGUCAAGAGCCAGACCCUGGUAUAG